AUGUAUGCGAUGGGCACGUGCUACGAUGGUAUCCGUCACUACCCGCAGUCGUUCCCCCCACGUGUGGAACUUGAAGUGGAGGAAAAAACUUCCCCACCUGCCAAUUUUCGUCUUUUGAACAUUUUCCCAGCCAUGGCCGCCGCGUCAGAAAACCGUGACACCGCCAUUCAGGAAGCCAAAAUCUUCGUCCGCAAGGCUGUUCGCCAUGACUGGGAAUUCCCCGCAGAGACCGUAACGGCAACGGCAAGUCUGGAUCUCGUCGACAAACUUUCUGAAAACCGCGAGGUGGUGGAAUGGCGGUUUCGAGAAUUUGAUACGUCAAGCUCAGAUCUAGGAGCUCAAUCGUCCGACACUGACGACAGCGAUUCGGAGGUGAUCAAAAACAGCAAUGACCCCGAGACUGUAUUGCGGCGCAAACGUCGCCGCCAAAUAAAUGAGGAAAUGGCUUGGAAUGAAGGUCUGCGGAUGUUCAUUGCCAGACGCGAUGCCUGGUCUGGCGCUCGUACUCGACGGCAGAUUCGUAUCAAAGAAAAGGAGCGCAAGAUUGCCAGCGUGCAGGCUGAUACAUCGACUGCUUCUGACAGUGAUGAUACGACAGUCCCCUCUCUAGCUUCUCCCGCGGCCUCAGAUGCUGAGGCUCCUGUGUCACAACUGACUGAUAAGGCGGAUACACUUUUAAUUAGCGAACGGGAGCAGGAAGACGCACAGUCUAUCGCCCAAGACGACGAGACUACGCAUAAAGAGUCAACAGAAACCGGCCUCACUGUACCCGAUCAGACGUCCUUAGGCGAGGUCAAUCACUCCAUGGCAUGUACUAUCGACGAUAGUGACUCAGAAGAAGAACUAGAUGAGCCAGUUAUCCCCGUUGCUCCGCCAUUUAUCCCUGCGGACAAUAUUGUCCGCUCAACGAUCACUCCAAAUAUCUACCCAUCAAUCUACACCAAAGUUGUCGUCCAAGGCAUGACUCCCACAGUACCUGUCAACUUGGCUGACUUGACCAAUGCCAUGGUUCAAGGCUGGAAGGCAGACGGGCAAUGGCCGCCGAAACCAGCAGUCACAUCUAUCGUUCUUCAAGACGAUGCCUCUAUCCCCAAAAGAGACACAGGCGCUAGCGACGGCCAGUCACCCCCAGCGAGACGGAAAAACAGUAUCACAAAUACCAUUCGCAAAGUCUUUCACAAUCCAUUUCAUCGCCGCGGGCCCAGCAACGAUAGUGCUAUAAACGAACUUCCUCCCAGCGGUGCUGUCUAG